GUUCCGUUUCUAGGCAGCUCUUUCGGCGCACACGUGUCGUUUCUGCUGAGUUGGCAGUGCUGGCUUUGUGGACCAGACUUCGCUGAGCGUUUUCGUCCAAGCCGUUUCAAAAUCCGCCGAACGUGGACGGCCUUACGUUCCCAAAAACGGAUUUGCGCCAGAAACAAGGCCAAAGGAUUGUACCAUGCCCAGGGACCUGAAGUAUUCUACUUCGCAUUUUUUCUUAUGCGUGGCAGAGCAAAAAAGAUCUUGGUUAUUAUGAUACGCAGUUUCUUCCUACCAGGAGUGACUCGAGGAGCUUCAGCAGCAGCACAACACAUGAUGUGCAGCAGUGUGCUCCACAUGGGAGUUGCAGAGGUCUGACUAAUACCUCCAACACAGUGGACACUCAACGUCACCGAGUGUGAGGUGGGAGGAUGGUUGGUGGUGGACCAAGUUGGGAAAUGGUCUUCACCAAUCUUUGCCGUGGCCCCGGCAACCCUCACUGCUCCUCUUUCUCGGUCUGCCGACCUGUCGUGACCCACGGAAGUGGCUGCAUGUCUAUUUUAGAACAGUGUUUUGUGUACAUACAUACACUUGCCUUACUGUCUGGAGUGUGUUUGUUCCAAAUAUGUGUCCCGGA